UUGUGCAAAUAUUGAAAUUUUAAUUAAAUACUUAAAAGUACAAUAUUUUUACUUCAAAAUAAUAAUUGCUGUGAAAAGUGCCGCUGUUGACUGUGAAUACCCUCAUCGUCAGCUUGUGCGUGAGUGUGCUCGUAGAUUUUAAAACAAUUUUACAACAAACAAAAAAAAAAACGUAAACAAUAAAAUCAACGUCAAAAUGUCUACACAACUGGAGUUUAUCAUGCAACUGUAUAUGAUGAAUUUGCUGCAACAACAACAGCAGCAGCAAUUGCAGCAGCAGCAACAACAACAACAACAACAGCAAAUGCAUAAUCUUCCCUCACCCAGUAAGCGUGAAAUGGAGAUGGACAUCAGCAGCAGCACAAUGACAACAGCAACAACAUUCGUCGAUGCGACACAACAAACACAGCAACAACACCAGCAGCAGCAGCAGCAGCCGCACAAUCCAAGAACGCAUUCACGCAAAAAUUCGCAAACCACAACCACCACCAUCACCAACUGUAGUAGUAGCAGUAGUUGUACCACCCGUAGUCCUAAUAGUAAUUCCAACUCCUCAAUAGCCAUACAACAACAGCAACUACACAAUACACAACACAACAAACUCUCUCCCCUACAACAGUUACUGUGCGGCCAAUUGUCAGCACCACCGCCACCAAUGCUAACGACCACACCGCCCGCACUCACCGCGCCGUCGAAUUUAUUGUUAACACCAACAACACCGAAUUCGGGGAUGUCGGCGGCGGCGGCGGCGGCGGCGUUAUCAUUGGCAGCGGCUGCUUACAAUGUUUCGGCCGGCAGUCAAUUUCCCGUUCAAACACACAUUUUCCCCACAACCGAUUUAGCUUGUGAUGUAGGUCAUAUUACAGGUGCUAAUUCUCUUCAAUCUUCUACAGUGACAUCUACGCCCACCGAAGAUGAAGAGCGGGUAGAAGUAGGAGCUGAGGUGGCGGCGGUGUCAACGCAGCUGGACGAGGAAGAUUGCAGUCCAUUGGACAAUGCUUCCAUCACAUCCAAUGACGUUGAAGAUGUCAGUGACACCGUCACGGUGGAGGAGGAGAAGUAUCGUGCACAAGCGCAGGAUUUAUCCGAUAGACGGACAGAUCGUUGGCGUGAGUGUAGGCAAGCAGAUGCAGAAGAAUGUGGGAUAAGGGCGCAGCAACAGCUAAGCAAUGAUGUAGUCGAAGCUGUAGAGGUGCUUGAUGACGAUGAGGAAGACGAAAAGCCUUUGGCUAGUCUGCGGCACAGCAAUGCUGAGACACGUUGCCUGAGGACAAGAAGUAAUGUGGAUGCGCGAAACUCUUCGAACUCUUUGGAAGGUUCUUCGAGUGUGCCUUAUGUAACACCCACGAAGCAACCAGCCGAUUCCACGCACUAUCUGUCACAACAGAGCUCUACAGAGCUCACUCAAGAUGUGUCCGGCCAGUUUACACAACUCACAGAAAACGAGAGUGCAAACGUGACACCAAUGUCGCUUGCGAAAACCUUACUUACACCACCCUCUAGUGACCAGUUGCCUGCAGGGAAUAAUAAAAAACAUAGUCUACAUCCAAGCACACAGAUGCUCAAUACUGAGCUAACACAGCAAGCGGUUGGAGUAACUGGUCUAACCGGUACAUCAGGAAUAAUGGGUCUGAACACCGUCAGCAGUUUAGAUGCAUUCCUGCAAAACGAAGAAAAUCUCAAGAAUCUGCGCAAAGUGUCGUCUUAUUUGGAGUGUGAGAAUGCGCUCUGUCGGCAGGAGAAUCUACGCGAACAUUUUCAUUGUUUCGACGAGCCUUGUCAGGGUAAGAUAUUGAGCAAGAAAGAUGAUAUUAUUCGACAUUUGAAAUGGCAUAAGAAACGCAAGGAGAGUUUGUUGCUGGGUUUUGCGCGUUUUUCUGCCUCGGAUGACUGUGAGCCUGCUUAUGGCGCCGGUUGUACGUAUUGUUGGAAGCAAACGCAUUAUCAUUGUGUUUACGAGGAUUGCUCGAAGGUUUAUGUGAGCACGAGCGAUGUGCAAAUGCAUGCGAAUUUCCAUCGCAAAAACUCGGAAAUCGUACAGGAAGGCUUCCGACGCUUUCGCGCACACGAAAAUUGCAAAAUUGAAGACUGUCCAUUCUAUGGCAAGAAGACGUCGCAUUAUCACUGCUGCCGUGAGGGUUGCAAUCACACGUUCAAGAACAAGGCUGAUAUGGAUAAACACAAAUCCUAUCAUCUGCGCGACUAUCAGCUCACACAGGAUGGUUUCAAGAAAAUACUAAAAACCGAGGCUUGUCCUUUCGAUGGUUGCAAGUUCUCCACCGUCUGCAAUCACAUUCAUUGUGUACGCGAGGGCUGCACUUACAUUUUGCACUCAAGUAGUCAAAUGAUCAGCCAUAAGCGCAAGCACGAACGUCUCGAUGGCGAGCAGGCCUAUCAGAAUUUCAAGAAACAGAGGGACUCCAGCGGUGAGGAUUCACCAGCAUCGAUUGCCACGACAACCGCAGCGGCUACUACCGUUGUUGCGGCUAAUGUGACCACGCACACCACCACUCCUUUGUCUUCGCUCAGCGCUGAUCGCUUUUUGGCGCGCAAACGUGGUCGUCCACCAAAGAAAAUCGAAUUGCCCGCUAAGACUGAGUCCGCCAAGCGCAUCAAGUUGGAGCCCACCACUGACCAAUUGUCUGCCACCGUUGAUUCUACGGCACAACUUGCCAAUAACGCACAAAUGCCAAGCACUGCUGCGAGUCUCUUCCCACCAUCCUUCUUGCCCAACUUCAAUGCUGCCACUGCAGCCGCAGCUGCGGCAGCUGCUGCACAAAGCAUGCAAAUGCAGGAUCCUAAUACGCCAAAUAUGCAGUUGACACAUCUGAUGGCGCUCUUCCAGCUACAGAACCCACUCUUCUACCAAAACCUCUAUCCGGGUGGUAUGCCAGCGAAUAUGGCGAACAUGUUGGGUGCUGCGGCGGUAGCUGGUGUAAUGCCACCCGCAACCGGUCUGUAUGGUAAUAUGUCGACUUUUGGUGGCCCGGCAGGUGCGACCAUCAAAUCGGAAUACGCCGAGAAGCAGCCACAGUACAAGGAGUGAAUGUGAGCCGUUGACAAAGGAGUUUGUUGAAUAGGUUUUGGUGACAGGGGUCGCAAUGUAGUUUGAAAUAUUGCAAUUAAAUUUGCAUACCGUGAUUUGGACAUCGCAGGUCCUCAAAGGGUUAUCUGUUAGUUGUUUUGACAGUCUGAGGACUACUUUCACUGUACCGUUUGAGUUGACGGU